AAUAAAUAAUAAAGAGAGAAAAGAAAGAGCAAAGUGUUGGAGCACCGUCUCUCUGUGCUUGUGUUUGCUUAAUGUUUCUCCCUUUUUUUUCUUUUGCUUAUGCUACACAGUUAUGUCUCACCCUUCCCUCAUUUCUUUCUCUUUCACUCUGAAAAACACCAUUCAAAGGUUUUAAUGACUACCCUCCAUUUUUGAACCUCUCUCUCUCUCCAAGUCUGAGCCUUGUUGUUCAGACUCGCUUUCUCUGCUUACUCAGACACUGAGACACUUUUCUUUUCUGUCAUUGGCUCUCUGUUUGCUUCCAAAAGCGGUACCCCAUAACCCAAACAUUCAAACAACCUCUUUUUCUAUCUUCCUUUAUCAGAUCUAUUAUCACCCUCUUUGUUUCUGAUAGCCAUUGCCGGGUAAGACAUGAGUAAAGAAGAGUUUUUGAAGAUACAGAAAUGUGUUCUUAAAGUGAACAUACACUGUGACGGCUGCAAGAACAAAGUUAAGAAAAUCUUGCAGAAGAUUGAUGGGGUUUUUACCACAGAGAUAGAUGCAGAACAAGGGAGGGUGACGGUUUCGGGGAAUGUGGACCCCAACGUUCUCAUCAAGAAGCUUUCAAAAUCAGGGAAACAUGCAGAGCUAUGGGGUGCACCUAAAGGAAACAACAAUAACAACAUUGCUAACCAGUUGAAGAACAUGCAAAUUGACAAUGGCAAUAGUGGAGUAAACAACAAGGGUCAGAAUCAGAAAGGUGCAAUUAACCAACCAAAGGGUAAUCAACAAGGACAGAACCCCCAGCAACAGCAGCUUCAGCUUCAACAACAGCAGCAGCUUCAGCAGCAGCUGCAACAGCUUCAGCAGAUGAAAGGGUUUCAAGAUCUGAAGCUGCUGCCUCAAUUCAAGGACAUGAAACUGCCCAAUCAGAACCCCAACGCCAAAGCAGUGAAGUUCAGUUUGCCUGAAGAUGAUCUCUCUGAUGAUGAUAUAGAUGACUUGGAUGAAGAUUAUGAUGAUGAGUUUGAUGAUGAUGAUGAUGAAAUGGAUGAUCCUCAGCAUCCUUUAAAUAAGACAAUGAAGCCGCCUAUGGGAAAUGGGGCUCACAUGAUGUUGAAUGGUAUGGGUAUGAUGAAUCAGAAGGGAGGCAAUGGUGGAGGAGGUAAUGGGAAGAAAGGAGGGGGUGGCGGCGGUAGUGGACAUGUGCCUGUUCAAGUACAUAACUUGGGGGGUGGACAUGAUGGUAAAAAUGGGAAUGGAGGAAAAAAAGGUGGCGGCGGCGGCGGUGGUGGAAAUAAUCAGAAUCAAGGUGGAGGUAACAAAAACAAUGGUGGCAAAAAUGGAGGGGGCAUGGGCAUGCCGGAGGGUAAAAGUGGAAACAAAAAUAGUGGCGGUAAUGGUGGAGGCGGCGGCAUUCCAAAUAACAAUGGGAAUGGAGGUAAAAAGGGUAAUGUAAUGGAUAGUGGUGUUCAAGCUGUGAACAAUGGGUUCCCAAACAUGGGUGGUGGUCAUAAUCCUACUAUGGCUGGGCCUAAUGUGGGGCCUAUGGGUGGUAACAUGAGUAUCCCUGUGGCCAACAUGCAAAUGAACCAAAUGGGUAACAUCCCAGCCGUUCAAGGCCUUCCCGCAGCCACUGUGAAUGGUGGCGGUGGGGGUGGAUACUUCCAAGGUGGUGGUGGUCCUGAUAUGAUGGCCGGAAAUCCUUACCAACAACAACAGUACAUGGCUGCUAUGAUGAACCAACAAAGGGCAAUGGGGAAUGAUAGAUUUCAACCAAUGAUGUAUGCUAGGCCCCCGAUGGCUGUCAAUUACAUGUAUCCUCCUCCUUAUAGCUAUCCUCCUCCUCCUCCUCAGGAACCAUAUUCCAACUUUUUCAGUGAUGAAAAUACUUCCAGCUGCAGUGUUAUGUGAAGAAAUAUGGAAUAGUGUGGUGGUGCUGACAAGAGAGGGGUGUUCGUUAUGCUUGCAGACCCUUUCUAAUCUGAUGCAAUAUUAUACAAUGGGAAUGAGUUUUAAUUUUAGUUUGGUUUUCAAUUUUCUAUUAUAUUAUCCCUUUUCAUCCAAGGUAAACUAGAGCUUUAAAUUACCAUAGGAGAGUAAUUUAUAGAUUUUAUAAUAUUAUGAUCUUGGAAAGUAUGAGAUGUAACUGGGGGGAUAUGGUGGUGGGCUUCCUCCAUGUGAGAUGUUUAUAUGUGUUUAUAUGUCGCAAACAGAAAUAAAUUUCAGAAGAAAAACAAAAAAAAAAAAAAAAAGAGAGAGAGG